AUGGGGAUACCCUACUCGCGCGAAAUCAACGCCGCUUUCGACCAAGUGACGCCUCUCGUAGCCGAAGUCGACCGCAUCCUACGCACCAUGCACAACAUAUCCAUCAUCGUAGCCGUAAUCCAGGUUCUCACUGUCGUUUUGCUGUUUGCAAUCCUGCUUGUUCUCGUUUUGAUAGUGUAUUCUGUGAAUCCUGAUUUGGAAGACCAAAGAAAAAUACUUGUUACCCCGCUUCUGCGCUACAUAGCGUCCAUCAGGCUCUACUCGGUCGCCAAGACGGUAGGCGUGAUAAGUCUAUUUUUUGCGGGCGUGAGCGCGGCAACGUGGCGGUUUUUGGUUGCGAAGAAGUGGGUCGAGGAUGUGGAGUAUGAGGGGAACGUGUAUGCAGAAAAGAAGGCGUUAGAGGCGGAGGCCGUGGAAGAUGAUAAUGAGACGGGGGGAAAGAGUGGGAGGAAUGGAAAAGGGAAAGGGAAGAAGAAAUAAGAUGAGAUGAAGAUAUAACGUUUUACCAUUGAUUGUGGAAUUAGCACAAUAAAUAUAGUAGUAAAUCCG